UUAUGCAUUGUGCUACUUGCCUUGGUUGAGAAAUGUUUGCUUCCUGCAUACACAUCCAGAGACAAGUUGAGAGAAAGAAAGAGGGUUCGCUCGCUGUGAAAGCCAGGACAUUGACAGUAAUGUUACCAUCUAGUACAACCAAAAUAAUAGUUAUUCUAUAGAGGAGAAGGAUUAACUUUCGAUUGCACGGACGAACAUUUUUACGCAUUCACUAGCCAAACUGUUCACGCACACCGUAGGUUUUGCAACGAAGAGGCAGAGGGAAAAGAAGACAGGCUAUUAAACCCGUUCGUUUGAAACCCUUUUUUAGCUAACAUACCUCCGUGAUGUCGGAGCGAGGAGGGCUCCCGCGGACUGGAGGUGCCCCCUCCCCGCACGUGCAGCCCUCCAAACCGGUCACGAUCACCUCGAAUCGCCCGGUCCACAUGAACCUCUACGCCACCUGGGAAGUGGACCGCUCUUCGCCAAGCUGUGUGCCGAGGCUGUUCAACCUGACGCUGAAGAAGCUGAUCAUGUUGAAGGAGCUUGAUAAAGACCUCACCUCCGUGGUCAUCGCUGUCAAACUACAAGGUUCUAAGAGGAUCCUGAGGUCCAAUGAGAUAUUGUUGUCUUCCGCGGGGCUGACUGAGACAGAUCUUCAGCUCACCUUCUCUCUACAGUACCCCCACUUCCUGAAGAGGGAUGCCAACCAGCUCCAGAUCAUGCUCCAGCGACGUAAACGUUAUAAGAACCGAACCAUCCUGGGCUACAAGACCCUGGCUCUGGGACUCAUCAACAUGGCGGAGGUGAUGCAGCACCCCAGUGAGGGGGCCCAGGUGUUGGGGCUCCACAGCCAGUUGAAGGAGGCCUCUGUACCCGUGGCGGAGGUCAGGGUCUACUCCCUCUCCAGCCAGCCCAUUGACCACGAGGGACCCAAGGUCAAGAUGUCUGAUCGUUCUCCAGACAUUGAUAACUAUUCUGAGGAAGAGGAGGAGAGCUUCUCAUCAGAACAGGAGGGCAGUGACGACCACGGCCAGUAUCUGUAUGAUGAAGAGGAUGAGGUGAGGAAGAAAAAGCCUAGACGGAAGCUCACCUCCAACGCCUCCAUCACUAGACAACCCAACAUCAAGCAGAAGUUUGUGGCCCUGCUGAAAAGAUUCAAAGUUUCAGAUGAGGUGGGUUUUGGUCUGGAGCAUGUCUCUAGAGAACAGAUCCAGGAAGUGGAGGAGGAUUUAGAUGAGUUGUAUGACAGUCUGGAGAUGUACAACCCCUCUGACAGCGGACCAGAGAUGGAGGAGACGGACAGCAUCCUCAGCACACCCAAACCUAAACUCAGGCCGUUCUUUGAGGGGAUGUCUCAGUCCAGCUCUCAGACAGAGAUCACCAGUCUGAACAGCAGAGGGGGGAGCCUGGGACGUGACGCCUGCUUCAACCCUCAGGGGGAGCAGAUGAAACACUCUCACAGUCGUAACCUGGAGGUAGAGGCCCUCUCCGAGACAGACACACUGGAGUUGAACGAUCAGGAGAUGUUUCCAGAGGGCCCCUGCAUUAAGGUGUCGGUGGCUGAGAAACCCUGUACACCCCUGAAGAGCAGUAAGAGUGAAGGAGGACAGACUAUGCCCUCCCCCAGGUUGGACGGCGGAGGCCACACCCCCAAACAGAAGAGACAGAGCAAUACUCCUAUGAAGGAGAGGCAGCUGUCUAAACCAAUCAGUGAAGGGGCGAAGACCAACAUCUCUGACAGCGAGAGGUCCCCCGAACUGGGACGCAGCUCACAGGUCCUGAGGAAGGCGGUGUAUGAUCAGCUAAACCAUGUCCUGCUGUCUGACUCUUCUCUUCCUGAGAGUCUCAUCCUGGUCAAUGGCACCGACUGGCAGGGCCAGUACGUGGUAGAGCAGCUGCAGGUACAGAGGCACCCGGUGGUGUGUACGUGUUCAGGAGCUGAGAUCCAGGCGGUGCUUUCUGCUGUCCUCACACGCAUCCAGAAGUUUUGUAACUGUAACUCAACCAUGCCCAGGCCAGUCAAGGUGGCAGUGGUGGGCAGUCAGAGCUACCUCAGUGCCAUCCUGCAGUUCUUCGUCACCCAGCUGGCCAGCAAGACCUCUGAUUGGCUCAGCCACCUGAGGUUCCUGGUGGUGCCCCUGGGCUGUCAUCCUGUUGCUAAGCACCUGGGUGCCCUAGACAACCGUUACAGCUCUGCAUUCUUAGAUGGGGCGUGGGGAGACGUGUUCAUCCACUCUGAACCCCCACAGAAAGUCCAGUUGGACGUGGCAGGUAGGAUCUCUCAGUACAUCAGUGGCGCCACAGUCACACACCAGCUGCCCAUCGCUGAGGCCAUGCUUACCUGUAAACACAGGACGCACGAUGAAGAUUCCUACCAGAAGUUCAUUCCCUUCAUUGGGGUGGUGAAGGUUGGUCUGAUUGAGCAUGGUCCAUCCUCUACUGGAGACACAGAAGAGGGUGUGGCAGUCAGCCUUGCUGUUCCCUCUACAUCCCCUCCCUCCCACAGCUCUCCCGCUGGGCUGAUCAAAGAGGUUGCCACUCCCCCCUCCUCUCCCUCCAUGGGCAGUGUUCAGGCAGUACAGGGGAGCCCCAGUAUGCCUCAUGGUGUGGACACCAUCGGGCUGCAGGUGGACUACUGGCUGGCGUCGCUGGCGGAGAAGCGACGUGACGGGGAACGGCGUGACACGGGCGGUAAGAACACCCUGAAGAGUGCCUUCAGGUCCCUGCAGGUCAGCAGGCUACCAGGAGGGGGCAUCAGUGAGACCCAGGCCCAGGUCAGCACCAUGGCCAUGACGGUGGUCACCAAGGAGAAGAACAAGAAGGUUCCCACCAUCUUCCUGGGUAAGAAACCGAAGGAGAAGGACGUAGACUCUAAGAGCCAGGUCAUCGAGGCCAUCAGCAGACUCAUCUGUUCUGCCAAGCAGCAUCAUACCAUGUUGAAAGUGUCCAUAGACGGAGUGGAGUGGAACGACGUCAAGUUCUUUCAACUGGCCGCCCAGUGGCCCACGCACGUCAAGUACUUCCCUGUUGGACUGUUUGGUUACAGCAAACCCCCCUCCUAGGGUCCUUUUCCCCUCCCCCUUGGCCCCCUUGCCUCAGCCAGUCCCGUCCCACCUACGCACACAGACCCCGCCUCUCAGAACGCCAUGGCACUUGUAUUGGUCAAUCACGAUGGAGGGUUUUUUCUAUAUUUGUCUUAUUUCUCUAUAAGGAUGGAGGGAAGGGGUGGAGCGCUACUUGUCACUUUAAUGAAUUAAAAUGCCCCCCUCUCCCUGUGUGGUGUGUGUAUGAGGGGAACACAGCACAAGAUAACUAACUGCCGUUCAACUAACCGUAACGAUGAGAUGCAACCCCAUGAAUAACUCCCAUUAUGAACCCUUGACCCCUGACCCUUUAACCCUGACCAGGUCUCUUAUCACAUCGAACCUGCCAACGGUCAAUCCGUGCUCUAACCCAGACCUGCAUGCUGUAAACUCCACCACCCAUGUGCUAGUUAUAACAAGAACAUCAUAUUGUGUUAACAGUAAUGACAUGGCUAUUAUGGGGUAUGGAGGGGAACUGUGCAUGACAAAUGGAACAGACAACAGACAACACCUACAGUAGCAAUGCUUUUCCUGCACCCUAAAUACAAGAAAAAGCUUUUUUCUCAUCAAUGAUAUACGUUGAUAUGAUGCAUAUGACGAGUAAAAAAUGGAAACGUUCCGCUUUGAUGUUGUAACAACAUUGUAACUUUCUGUGAACAGCACAGUCCAGUCCUCCAAAUUCAGAGCUCACUGUUUGUCCAAACUCUACUGCUGUCUGUAAGGCUUGUCCCUUUAUCAAUCAGUUCUUGUGGUCGGCAUUGUUCUCUUGAUUUUAUGAAAUGACGAUGUGUUCUAAGCAACACACUAGUCCUCUUGGCAUCUAAAAUGAACGCUGACCAGUCGUGAGUAACUUAGCACUGGGUCACCUGUAGCCCUAACCCCACCUGUGCACUGUAAAGUAUUAAGACCAAUGUCAAGUAUUACAAUGCCAUUGUGUCCAAUUUUGCUGUUAUUAUUAUGAUUUUCAUGGUAACUUGGAGGUAGGAGGUUCCUCAGCAGUGACGUCAACAUCUCGUGUAACUAACUCAAUAUCUGUCCCUGUUCUAUUUUGGGGGGGGGGCUCUUACAAAGGAAGGGUUUUGCACCAAGGCCUUCAAACUCACUGAGAAUGAAUACACAGCUAUGCAUGUUCCACAAAUAAGUCUGAAUGAUAGCAUGCAAAGAUUUCACAGUACGAGGAUGCAUUUCCAACAGUCAUUGGAGAUAUCCCCUGAACUUCAUUUGAAUGCAGAUAAUAUUAGUUGAUUGCGUCUUCGUUUAUUUGAUCUCACUGUCGUCAGAAGCUUCAUUAUUUCGGAACACUCCAUUUUUGGAAGUUUUAAACCUAUUUUAUCAUUGAAUGUCUCGUUUAAUUCGAGAGAAAAAAAAACUGAUGGCAGGAGAGAUAGCGGACUGUUAAUUUACAAAUGAAACACUUUUUAUAGGCCAGAACCAGCUGUUACUUCACUAGAGCAUUUUCUGUUGUUCUUUGAACACAAACGCACCAUAAUAAUCUCUCUCCAAACUCCAUAGUCAGUUGACCUUGUAACUUUGUAGCCUGUGAGCUUGGAUACUUUGUGCAACUUCCCUUGUGAGUACCAAAGAGAGAUAUGGCCAGGGCAGUGGCACUAUUCAAAGCAGACUAUCAAACUCUGCUGCUCUUAUUACGUGUCGCUGCCCACCAGCCACGGGCUUAGACCCAGACACAUAUCUUCAUCUGGACUUGGACCCAUCUUUUAACUGACUGUAUCUAUGUAUGUUAUGUACGUGGUUGUAUCUAUGAUGUGUAGAUGUGUCUCCUUAACCACAGAUCUAGGAUCAGAUUACCCUGCCCUCCAGUUCUAACCAUAACCAUUAGGGGGAGUUAAAAACUACCUGACCCUGAAUCAGUCGUUAUGGGCAACAUCUACUGCCAGAGCUCCAACUGCUCUUUGCCUUGUAGCGUGUUAUUAGCAUAAUAAGGAGUGUAAGAUAUGAUUCUAUUUGAACUGCUUUCUUUUCAUAGGGGAAUCGUAAGUAUUCAACGAAUGGGACAGACAAAAAAAAAUCACUGCCAAAAAUGUCUGUUACAUGGAUAUAACAGCCAAGCUGACGAGAGGGUGUAGAUAUAGGUGUAGAUAUAGGUGUUCAGUGUUUUUGGUGACAACAACAAAACAAAACUUUAAAUCAUGAUUCUUGUUCCAAAAUAAUGUAUUUCAAUGUUAGAAAAAGAUGUUACCAUGAAACAUUCCACUGUUUUACUCUGUCUCUCCUCUCCCCUGUUCACAGUUCAGUCCCUGUCUUUCACCAGUCUCACCGUUUACAAGUUUGUUGUUUUUCCUACCUUCUCUAGGCCUAUUCUUCCUGUGUGACUGUCGUCUCUAACUUGACCUGCUGUUUGUUAACCUGUGUCUCUAGCUGUACUGACCUGUGUCUCUAGCUGUACUGACCUGUGGUUGCUGUGAUGGUCUUCAUGACUAAUGUAUAGGGACAGGGUUGUGACCAAAGGGAGUAUAGUCUACUACCGGAAGUUACUUUUCAUAGCAGUUUAGGAGAAAAUUUGAGCUAAUCCUAACCUUUUUCCUAACCUUAACCUAAGUAUCCUAAUCUGCUACGAAAAAGUAACUUCCGGUCAUAGCUGUACUCCCUCCAGUCAGAACCUAGGGACAGCAGUUAUUCCUAACCAUGUGACUUAGAACAACUCUGGGCCCUGGUUAUAGUCAAUACCAGAGACGGAAGAGGAAGCAAGACAUCUCGUUCCCUCGUUUUUUUCUGGUUCAUAUACAGUCAAUUAACUAAGUAGACCAGACCCAGCUGCUAUCACAUAAGAUAUCUUCAUUUAUCCACAGUCUUUGGUCUAAACCUAUAACCAGGGCCCAGACUUCCUGUUCAGGUCACAUGAUCCUGAAAAACACCUGUCCCUAGUGAAGGGAAGAACAAUAUGAUGUAUUAAUAAAUCCCUUUAAUUAUCAAUAAUCUCCUUCCUCUCCUCUAUCAUCACAAUGUGUUUCAGAAGAAAUGGAGUGAGAGGUCUAGAACAAACCGUAAGAUCUAGAGUCUCUGUCAGGAUUCCACAAGCUUUGCUUCUAAUAGAACCCAUUUGAAAGGAUCUCCCUGCUUGUAACAUAGCAGCCUAUCACAGAAGGGAAUCGGGUUUUGUGUAACACUGCAUAGACCAUAGUUAUGCUUGGUAGCUAGUAGUUUGAGGGGAGGAUUCUAACACUUGUGGAUUUGGAGUAUUUUUUGAGUAUUUUUGCACAUGCCAUUGUUUCUUCAGCAGCUUUUUUUUGCCUUUUGCCUAUAAACAAUAAUAAUGCUUGUACAUACAAAACAAAUGUACUUCUGUAAUGUAUCUUAGUCCUUGUUUUUUAUUUGAAAUCUUUUGUAGUACUGCUUUUUUAUGUUUAUGUUGUGUGAUGGAAAAGUGGAACCGUUCAUUGUUUUUUAAAUAAAUACUCCUGAUUUUUA